AUGAGUCGCCUGGACAGUGUGCAGGACAAGGCCAACGACAACCCUGAGCCCAUCCACAUCGACGCCGACCGACAAGCCACGACAGGAGGCGCCCAGGACAGCGAUGAACAGGGCUCCCUGAACGAGAAGCCUCACCACGACAAUUCACACGCCGAGCGCGCUCGCGAACAGGAAGAGGCGCAGGAGAAGAAGGAAGAGGCACAGAAGACCGACGAGGCCAAACCGGAAGGCUCGACCGACGACCAGCCUGCUGGAGGCUACGAUGCGACGCCAGUACCGCGAGCGCCGCCAGGAUGGACCGUCAAAAUCACCUUCCACCGCGCGACUAACCUGCCCAUGGCCGACAUCAACUCGCUGUCAUCGGACCCCUACGUGCUAGCCCAGAUCAACACGGCCAUGCCGAAGCGUCAUAAGGAAGACCCCCUUCUACGCAUGCGCACUCCCACCGUCCGCCGCAGCACCGACCCCGAGUGGAAUUUUGAAUGGAUCGUCGCCAACAUUCCCUCGUCAGGCUUCAAGCUCAAGGCCCGAGUCUACGAUGAGGACCCUGCCGACCACGAUGAUCGUCUGGGCAACGUUCACAUCUCGGUUCAUGAGAUCAACGAGAACUGGCCCGGUAUUCAAGAGCAGCCCUACAAGAUCAUGAAGCGUUCGGGCAGCAAGCGAGCCUAUGCCGUUCGCGCCGUUGCUGCCUGCAUGAGCAAGGCCAAGCACAUGCAUGGCGACCUCUAUGUCAGCGUCCAACUGGUCGGUCGCACAGACAUUGACAAUGGUGGACAUGUCUUUACCGUCGGUCCGCAAUGGUGGAUCAGGCAUCAAGCUCCCAUGCUUGGUCGUAUCGCUGGUCGCAAAGAGCCCGGCGAAGACAACAACCAAUCCGAGAAGGAAAAGCAGAAAACAGAACGCUACAACUUCCAGGCCAACCAGAUCCAAUUCCGCGGUCCUGUGCCAGACGGCCUCUACCAUCGCUAUGUCGAAUUCCGUCCUUUCGUCAAGCAAAUGUUCACAUCCACUGGUGUGCGAGGAUGGGUCUUGUCAAAAGCCCUUCAUCAUCAACACGCUCGAGUAUACAACUUCGACCGCACCACCAAGUGGGGCCACUUCCCACAGGGCCCUUGCAAGGAGAUGACACAGGCCUUCCUCGACCUCGUCCACUACGACGAAGGCGGUCGCAUCUUCACCUACGUCUUGAGUCUCGACUCGCUCUUGCGCUUCACCGAGACGGGCAAGGAGUUUGGUAUCGACAUGUUGAGCAAGCAUACCAUGCACAGCGACGUGAGCGUCUACAUUGCCUUUUCCGGCGAGUUCUUCAUCCGCCGUCUCAAGUACAAGAACAAGCCUCCGCCGCCAGAUGCAGCCGACACCGGCAGCGCCAGCAGCGAAGAUGGCGAGCAUGACCACGAUGGUGCAAACGAAUCACAUCCCCCUCACGAUCUCAACGACGGCCCUCCCAACGACGAACCGCCAAAAGACCCUGCACACUACCAACUCGUCAUCGACAACGACAGCGGUACCUACCGCCCCAACGCCAAAAUGCUGCCCCUGCUCAAGAAGUUCCUCGCCGCCAAUCUCCCCGGUCUCCAUAUCCAAACCCUCGACUGUCAGAAGGACGAGAAGAAGAUGAACCGCAUGAAGCAGGCCCAGCGCGACCGCAAGAAGAAGGAGGGCGAUCACAUCGUCUAUGCUCAGGCCGGCAGCGACGCCAGCAGCAUCAGCAGCUCAGACGAAGAGCAAUUGGAUGCUCUUGAGCAGUCUGCACGAGACCAAGAAGAUAGGAAUGCAUCUGGACUUGCGUCCCAACUCAAGCACGAUGCUGGCCUCCGGGGUAAAGCGAAAUUGGGGCAUUUGAAAAAUAACCUGCCGGGCCAUAGCAGACCCGUGGAUGAUGAGUAG